AUGAUUAAACAUUAUUCUGGUAUAUAUAACAUUCAUUUAUAUAUCAUUUUCUCCGAUCUAUCUAUCUAUCUCAAGUAUGUUCAUAUCUAUCUAUCUAUCUAUCUAUCUAUCUAUCUAUCUAUCUAUCUAUCUAUCUAUCUAUCUCAAGUAUGUUCAUAUCUAUCUAUCUAUCUAUCUAUCUAUCUAAUCUAUCUAUCUAUCUAUCUAUCUAUCUAUCUAUCUCAAGUAUGUUCAUAUCUAUCUAUCUAUCUAUCUAUCUAUCUCAAGUAUGUUCAUAUCUAUCUAUCUAUCUCAAGUAUGUUCAUAUCUAUCUAUCUAUCUAUCUAUCUCAAGUAUGUUCAUAUCUAUCUAUCUAUCUAUCUAUCUAUCUCAAGUAUGUUCAUAUCUAUCUAUCUAUCUAUCUAUCUCAAGUAUGUUCAUAUCUAUCUAUCUAUCUAUCUAUCUCAAGUAUGUUCAUAUCUAUCUAUCUAUCUAUCUAUCUCAAGUAUGUUCAUAUCUAUCUAUCUAUCUAUCUAUCUCAAGUAUGUUCAUAUCUAUCUAUCUAUCUAUCUAUCUAUCUAUCUAUCUCAAGUAUGUUCAUAUCUAUCUAUCUAUCUAUCUAUCUAUCUCAAGUAUGUUCAUAUCUAUCUAUCUAUCUAUCUAUCUAUCUCAAGUAUGUUCAUAUCUAUCUAUCUAUCUAUCUAUCUCAAGUAUGUUCAUAUCUAUCUAUCUAUCUAUCUAUCUCAAGUAUGUUCAUAUCUAUCUAUCUAUCUAUCUAAAGUAUGUUCAUAUCUAUCUAUCUAUCUAUCUCAAGUAUCUUCACAUCAUCUAUCUAUCUCAUCUAUCUAUCUAUCUAUCUCAAGUGUGUUCAUAUCUAUCUAUCUAUCUCAUCUGUUUCAUAUCUAUGUUCUAUCUAUCUAUCUAUCUAUCUAUCUAUCUCAAGUGUGUUCAUAUCUAUCUAUCUAUCUCAUGUAUAUGUAUAUCUAUCUAAUCUAUCUAUUCAUUACGAUCACUUUCUCCCUAAUCUUGUCCUUCCCACUCACUCACAUUUAUAUUAAUUUCCUCCUUAUUUUCCUCUUCCUUUUCCUCCUCCUUAUGUCCGUAGCCCGGAGCAGCAACGCACGCCCUUGUCGAAUAAACACAUUCAAUUUGGCAAAUCACCCUCAUACACCGAUCGCUGUUGAAUUACUAUCGUUUUUGGUUACCCUUUCUUUUCAUGCCCUUAACACUGCUGCUCAUCAGCAAUUCUUACGAUAUAAUCUACCCCUAUCAUUCUCACAUCGGGACAUUUUCUUGAACGAAAUCUAUAUUUAUACACGUCUUUUCUCUCUCUCUGUCUCUCUCUCUCUGUCUGUCUGUCUGUCUCUAUCUGUCUCUCUCUCUCUCUGUCUCUCUCUCACUCUCUCUCUCUCACGCUCUCUCUCUCUCUCACUCUAUCUGCUCCAUUGA